GCUGCGUACAUGAAGGCGACCGGGUUUUUGCGCUCCGGAAACAAGCUUGCUCAGACGGCACAUAAUGUGGUAAAGCGCUGGCAAGGCACUGCCCACACGUUAGCGGUUGAAGAGCAAAUCCGGAAAAAGCGCGAUGAGUCUCUCCAGGGUGGAGGCCAGAAGCGCAUCGACGCACAACAUCGGAAGGGGAAGCUGACGGCUCGCGAGAGAGUGCGCUUGCUUUGCGACGCCGGCACGUUCGUCGAGUAUGACGCCUUCGCCGAGCACACGUGCUCCGACUUCGGCAUGGAGAAGCAGAAGGUGGCCGGCGACUCGGUGGUCACGGGCCGCGGCUCGGUCUACGGCCGGCCCGUGUUCAUCUUCAGCCAGGACUUCACCGUGUUCGGUGGCAGCCUCAGCAGCAUCCACGCCAAGAAGAUCUGCAAGGUGAUGGACCAGGCGCUGCUGACCGGGGCGCCAAUCAUCGGCCUGAACGACUCGGGCGGCGCGCGCAUCCAGGAGGGUGUCGAGUCGCUGGCCGGCUACGCCGACAUCUUCUUGCGCAACGUCAUGGCCUCGGGCGUCGUGCCGCAGAUAUCUCUGGUGAUGGGGCCGUGCGCCGGAGGAGCCGUGUACUCCCCCGCGCUCACCGACUUCACGUUCAUGGUCAAGGACACGUCAUACCUCUUCAUAACGGGACCGGAUGUCGUCAAGUCCGUGACCAAUGAGGACGUGACGUUCGAGGAGCUGGGCGGGGCUCGCGUGCACACCUCCGCGUCCGGCGUGGCGCACAACGCCUUCGACAACGACGUGGACGCGCUGCUCACGCUGCGCUCCCUGAUGAACUUCCUGCCGGUCAGCAACACGGAGUCGGUGCCGGUGCGACCUUCGGACGACCCCUGGGACCGGGACGUGCCGGGCCUGGACACGGUGGUGCCCCUGGACCCAAUGGCCGCCUACGACAUGCACAGCGUCAUCACGUCGCUGGUCGACGAGAACGAGUUCUUCGAGCUGAUGCCCCACUACGCCAAGAACAUCCUGAUCGGGUUCGGCCGGCUCAACGGCCGGACAGUGGGCAUCGUGGGCAAUCAGCCGCGCGUCGCCGCCGGCUGCCUGGACAUCAACUCGUCGGUGAAGGCGGCCCGGUUCGUGCGCUUCUGCGACGCCUUCAACAUCCCGCUGGUGACGUUUGUGGACGUGCCGGGCUUUCUGCCGGGCACGGCUCAGGAGCACGCCGGCAUCAUCCGACACGGCGCCAAGCUGCUGUACGCCUACGCCGAGGCCACCGUUCCCAAGAUCACUGUCAUCACACGCAAGGCCUACGGCGGCGCCUACGACGUGAUGUCGUCGAAGCACCUGCGCGGCGACACCAACUACGCCUGGCCGACGGGCGAGAUCGCCGUCAUGGGCGCCAAGGGGGCCGUGUCGAUCCUGCACCGCGGCGACCCGGACCCGGAGGCGCGCGCCGCCGAGUACGCCGCCAAGUUCGGCAGCCCGCUGCCGGCGGCCGUGCGCGGCUUCGUCGACGACAUCAUCGAGCCGCGCCACACGCGCCGCCGCCUCUGUCAGGACCUGGAGAACCUGGCCAGCAAGCGGCAGCGCAACCCCGUCAAGAAGCACGGCAAUAUCCCGCUGUAGGCGCUGCCGCCGCGCGGGGUGGGGACGUAGGGUACUGUGCAAUCGGGCGACACGGGACUGAGUGGCCGGAGCGCGCGGUGUCGCACGAGCUCCGCGCCACCUCCGCUGCCUUCGGACGUGUGAUAAAAGACCAGUGGUUUUGGUUGACGUAGCUCGCGCGCGACGAUGUUUUGAGAACUGAGAAUCUGUAUCGAUUGAGGUCGUAUUGGUUGCAGGUCUGCCUGUCAGUGUGUAUUGUUAAUAUUUGGUUGCGGCUGACGCAGUGCGGUCCAUUUGUAUCGAUGUCUUGUCUACAAUUUAUGUUUGUAUAAAGCAUACCUCGUUUCCGUAGCUCGGGACUCGUGGUUGAGUUUCUUUGUCACCAAAUAUAGUACUGAUGGAG